AUGAGUUCAAGAAAUGGAUCUAAAGAAAGACAAACAAAAGAGAUUGGAAAAUCUUUAUUUGGGGAGCAUUCCAAAAACUUACCACCCUUUUUUGCUGAAAAUAUAUUAUUUUUAGAAAUGGAAGUUGAAUGCAAUAAUGUUACUAUUGAAGUUGUGAAUCAAUUAUUGGAAUUAUACAGAAUUGGUGUAGAAUACUUUGAAUCAAUUAAAAGCAAUAAGUUUUUGAUUUUUAAGAAUAAGACUUAGCAAUUAUUAAUGAAAGGAACAGUUAAUUAGUGCAUGAAUGUUGCUUAUGAAGAACUGAAACAUGAAACAGCACUCAAAAGAACAUCACAUCCUGAAAAUCCAGAGAAAAUCCCUCCCUUACCUCCAUCGACAAAAUUAGUGAUUGCAUAGAAAUCUCAGAAAUAAUAGGAAGUAGAAAACCAACUCAAAUAUAUAAAAGAUCAAGAUCAAAAAUUGCAAGUUAAUCAAUUAUUGGAAUAUCACGGAUAUGAGUCUUAACGUGUCACAAGAAUACAUAACAAAGCUCUGUAAGAAUAGGAAGAUUAAGUGUAGCAACGCUUGUAAAAAAGGAGAAUGAAAUCUGUUAAACUAAAAGGAUAAAUGGAAUGA